UAGUCAGAGCGCUAGCAGCAUGCAUAGAGGUAGCCAGCGCUAACCUCCACUAGCCCCUGAGGGAGGACAGAUAGAGGGAUAGUUGAGAUGACAGUGUUGCCCUGCAGAGGAAGACCUGCUUGAAAUGCUGACUGGAAACACAGUGGCUGCACUUCUGACAAGAGACUCUUCUACUCUCUCUCUUUUCUCUCUCUCUUCUACUCUCUCACUUUUCUCUCUUCUCUCUCUCUUUUACUCUCGCUCCUCUGUCUCUUCUGAGAGAAUCUCCUAGUCCUUCACUCUUUCUCCUGCUCUCUCUUGUGUCUUAAGAGAACUUUGGUUCCACUAGGACGCUUUCUCUCUCUAGUGUUUUUGCGAUGAUCUCAGUUUGUCUGUUUAGACAACAAACAUGACUAUUUUCCACCUAACAGGUGAUCUGCUGUUUGAUCUGUUUGAAAGUUGGUGUUGCUGAUCCAGGUGCUGAGGUGGUCUGAGAGGAACAUGGCAAAUCCAUAUAGCUCUUACAUCAGACAGCAGUCCCUCUGGAUCUACCUGACCACCAGUCACAUCACCAGACUACCUGUUCCCUAGUAACACACCGUAACAGACUGUAACAGACUGUAGAGACAACAUGGACACAGUUCUGAUGGUUACUCUGGAGGAGCGACAGUCUCUGGUCAUGUCAGCAUCAUCUGGUAGGACCAUCUCACCACAGACACAGCCACUGGCACAGACACAGGUACAGCAACAGACACAACCAGAGACACAGACACACCAGUCCUCCUCAGAAUGUGCUUCAGAGCCUUCUCAUCAUGACGAUAGCUCCACAGAGAGCAGUGAGGAUGUUUGUUUGCCUGGACCUCUAAGCCUGGAGCUGUCGAAACUGGAACUAGACCACCAGGACACACCCCAGCAGGAUAGGGAGGCUGGUAGUGACUAUAACAGGACUGGAGCUCCUGGGAUAGAGGGAAAACUAGCUGUUAGUAUUGGAGAUCCAGGAGGGCCAGCAGGGCCAGCAGAGUAUGGUUCUGAUGUCUCCCCUCCUGACCCUCUAGACCCUCUCUGGAUUGUCUGUCCAGCGGGUCUCCUCGGUGAGCCAGACAGUGUGACAUCACCAUCGCCUGAUGAUGCCAAUAACAAUGGAUUGGAUUUACACAGCACUUCUCCAGCUGAGGACCCCUGCCUUGCCUCCAAUGUUCCUUCUCCUAGGAUAGAGGGAGAUGUGGAUGUUCUUGCUCCUAAGAUAGAGGGAAACCUGGAGGUUGAAGACAGUGACAGACCUGUAGAAUCAGGGCAUUCCCUGGAUGCUAACCUCUCUGGUCAGCUAGAGGACAUAGAGCUGGGGCAUACCUCGCCCAGACAGACCGAGAGCGACAUGGAGCUAGAGGAGGAGUCACCCAGAUGGACAGAAACAGACAGCCAGCCUGAGGACCACUCAGAGGGGCCUGUGGAGAACAGACAUGUCCCUACUGAUCUGGAACACACAGAAGACAACCAUGUGCCCUUCCCUCUAGGACAUAUCCAUACCCUUCUGGUCCAAUCAGAGGCAGAGGUCAGCCAUGUCACUAUCUCUGUGGUCCAAUCAGAGACUUUUAUCUCCAUUCCUUCUCUAGUGGUCAGUGUGGACAACAACAUGGAUCCCUUCAGACCUCCCUCCCUCCCCCUGGCCCUCUCUGAGGCCCCCUUGGCGGGGCUAGGCCUCUGCGAUCACCCCGACAUCAUCAAACACAGACCUAGCUCCAUCACCUUCUCAGACUACACCUGUAGUCCCUCCACCUGUCAUUCUAGCACCGACCACAGUGUCUUCAUCAAUGACAGCUCCGACUGCAGGGAGUCUUCCUCAGAGGAGGAUGAUGAAGGUGAUGUUGAUGAAGAUGGGGAUGAUAACGACAUAUUCCCAGAGCUGCUUCAGAGCAGGGAGUUCCUGGUCAGUCGGAGGAGAAGGAGCAGCACCAGAGACAAAGUAGUUAAGAAGAGAAGUUCUCUGAAUCCCCAGGCUGAGGCACCAGUCAGGUCUACAACCAACACUACAGCCAGCUCCCACCUCUCCUCCUCUUCUUCCUCUAAAAAACAGAACCACGGCGGCUACGAGGCAGAGACUGAGACCAGCAGCACAGAGGAUACUCCCCUGGUCCAGCCUCAGACCCCGUGGUGUGAGUCUAUGAGCCAGCUGAUGAGGAAACUGGACCAGCUCAACCUGGACAUAGAGGAGGCUCUGAGUGCAUCAUCGUCCCCCUCGGACACACCCUGCACAGCACGCAGACAACAGUGUGGAGCUGUGUCUGGGACGGCAGUAAACCAAUCUCUUAAUGAGAAGGACAGUACACUGUUGCAGCGAGGGGAACCAGACACAGGAGAAUGUCCCAGACAGGACCAACACAAGACCACGGCCCCUCGUAUCUCAGCCAUAGGAACCAGAGUCAGGACCAAGAAGACAGUCAUGUGCUGUAAGAUGACCAAUGCAGGAGCAGAACUCGAGGCGAAGGAGGCGUGUGAUUGGCUACGAGCGGCAGGAUUCCCCCAAUACGCUCAGCUCUUUGAAGACUCUCAGUUCCCCAUCGACAUCUCUCCUGUGAAGAAAGACCAUGACUUUCUGGACAAAGACCUGGUGGAACCCCUCUGCAGACGACUCAACACCUUGAACAAGUGUGCCUCUAUGAAACUAGACGUCAACCUUCCUAAGAAAAAGAGUGAAGACUCUGAUGAGGAGGACCUGUUUGCCAUCAGUGACAGAUGGACGUUUGAGUGUACGAGCCGCCGCUGGUCCAGACUAAAGGGGGAGGGGCAGAGUCCCAGGGAGGGGGAGGGGCGGGGCCUGCAGACCACCACCAGUAGCGAGAGUGUUCUAACUGACCUCAGCGAACCAGAGGUCUCAUCUCUCCACAGUGAGGGCAGUGGGGGGAGUGGCCACCAGGCUGUGAGCACAGAGGACUCAGACUGCUCUAACCGGAACUACUACGACUCUGCAGCCAUGCCUGAACCUGACUCCACCUCCCUUACCCUACCACACCUCCCUAAGCACCUCCCCUACUACGGCUCGCUGCCCGCCAAAAACGGCCGCGCCAGACGGACCCGAGCCAAGGACUUCCUGCAUCGCAUGGAGACGCUGGCGCUGGGUAGGGGGCAUUGCAAGAAGUUGGUGAUCAGCGCUCCGGUACUGCAGACAGAGCCGCAGGCCCUGAAGACGCUGCGCUGCGCGGAGAUCACCAAUGGGGACGGGUCGGGGGCGGAGGUACCCACUGGGGGACCAAUCCUAGGGCUAACCCCCCAGUGCCCCUCCAGCAGCGAGGGCAGCCACUCCAGCGGCAGCACUGUCUCCUCCCCCAGUCUGAAGGAGAGGAAGCCCCACUCCCAGCGGACGGACCGGUCCGACGCCAAGCGCAGUGGCAUGUAUCUGGAGGACUUAGCCGUGUUCUCCAGCCUGCAGCAGAUCAGUGGCGUGGCCCAGGGGAAGAGGGGCGUGGCCGAACACAAUCAGCGUAAUGAGUUCCGCUCCUACGAGGACCUGGUGGUCCACAUCCCCAAAGACCACAAGCCUGGCACCUUCCCCAAGGCCCUGUCCAUAGAGAGCCUCUCCCCCACCCUGGGGGCCUCUGUCCCCUGGCACAGUGACAACGUCAACCCCCUGGAGCCCCAGUCCAACCCCCACCCUACCUCUAACCCGAGGGAGUUCUACCACCGCCCGCUCACCCAGUUCUGCCCGCGGGGCAGUAGGAUCAGUGUGUACGACAACGUCCCUGGGUCUCACCUCUAUGCCUCUACUGGAGACCUGCUGGACCUGGAGAAGGAAGACCUGUUCCCCCACCUGGAUGACAUCCUGCAGCACGUCAACGGCCUGCAGCAGAUAGUGGACCACUGGUCUAAGAACAUUCUGCCCUCUGCAGGCCUGGAUGGACAGGGGAUCCAGCCUGCAGGUCUGAAGUCAUCCAGCCAGAUCACACUGGACUUUGAGGGGACGUCUGUUCUGGAGGGACAGAGCACAUCCAGUGACGGGGACAGAGACGGCGUGUCCCUCAUUGAGACUCACUGUACAGGACACAGAGAGAGGAGGGACUCAGGGGUGGGAGCAUCACUAACCAGACCCAACCGUCUGCGAUGGCCCAGCUUCCAGAUGUCCAACCGGCUCAGCCACUCAGUGGCCUCGCUCCAGAUCACCAACCAAUCAGCAGGCCAGCUCAGCCUUCUGCAGAAGUUCUCUCUCCUCCGCCUCACUGCCAUCAUGGAGAAAUACUCCAUGUCCAACAAACACGGAUGGACCUGGUCAGUUCCAAAGUUCAUGAAGAGGAUGAAGGUUCCAGACUACAAGGACAAGAAUGUGUUUGGUGUUCCUCUGAUCGUUCACGUCCAGCGCUCUGGUCAGCCCCUCCCCCUCAGUCUGCAGCAGGCCCUCCGAUACCUUAGGAGCCAGUGUCUAGACCAGGUGGGCCUGUUCCGUAAGUCUGGUGUGAAGUCUCGUAUCCAGGCGCUGAGGCAGAUGAAUGAGUCGUCUCCUGAUGAUGUCAGCUACGAGGACCAGUCAGCGUACGACGUAGCAGACAUGGUCAAACAGUUCUUCAGAGACCUGCCUGAACCUCUACUGACCAGCAAGCUGGGAGAGACCUUCCUACACAUCUACCAGUAUGUUCCUAAGGACCAGCGGUUGCAGGCUGUGCAGACGGCCAUCAUGCUGAUGUCAGACGAAAACAGGGAGGUGCUCCAGAUGCUGCUCUGCUUCCUGUCUGAUGUUACCUCCUCUGUGGAGGAGAACCAGAUGACUCCCAUGAACAUCGCUGUGUGUCUGGCCCCAUCCCUGUUCCACCUCAACAUCCUGAAGAAGGACAACCUCUCACCCCGGGCCAUGCAGAGGAAGUACACAACAGGACGCCCUGACCAGAAGGACCUGAAUGAGAACCUUGCUGCGACGCAGGGACUCGCCCACAUGAUCAUAGAGUGCAACCGACUGUUUGAGAUUCCCCACGAGAUGGUGACUCAGUCCAGGAACUCGUACGUGGAGGCGGACCUUCACGCUCCCACCUUAGAGGAGCUCUGUAGACAGCAGGAGGAGGACGAUGUGUCCUACCAGACAGAGGCCAGACCCUGCCAGACACACUCAGAGAUCAGACCGCAGAACCUGUACCAGAGCUACAUAGAGAGCAGGCUCCAGGAGCUCCUGAAGGAGGUCAGAGAGAAGGCUAAGGGCUGGGUGUCCUGCACCAGCUCAGACAACACUGAGCUCUACUGUAAGAAGGUGGGUGAUGGGAACCCUUUGCGGCGGUGGCGUGUGGCGGUGGAAGUGGAGGCCCCUCCCUCGGUUUUGUUGAACCGUGUGCUGCGAGAGCGCCACCUGUGGGAUGUGGACCUGCUACAGUGGAAGGUAGCUGAGACUCUGGACAGAUACACUGAGAUGUUCCACUAUGUCCUCAACCGCAUGCCCCCACACCCCAGCAGAGACUUCCUGGUCCUACGGUCGUGGAGGACUGACCUUCCCAAGGGGACGUGUGCAUUGGUGUGUGUGUCUGUAGAACAUGAGGACUGUCCCCGGGUCGGUGGGGUGAGGGCCGUGGUUCUAGAGUCCAACUACCUUCUAGAACCCUGCGGCUCUGGGAAAUCCAGACUCACUCACAUCUGCAGGGUGGACCUCAAGGGGAGGAGUCCAGAGUGGUACAACAAGGCCUUUGGUCACCUCUGUGCCGCUGAAGCUGCUCGUAUUCGCAACUCCUUCCAACCAAUCAGCACAGAGGGGCCAGAGACCAAGAUCUGACAUUAGAGUCUUCCGUCCUUAAAGCUAGACCCACACAUACCUGGAGGGAACUAGACCCAACCUGGCUUAGCCUAGAACUAGUGUAACCGAGUUGGAUUUGUAACCUCACUCCCUAGCCUGAAAUGUUUCCACCUGUGCUAUCGAACUGCUAACGUUUCGGUAGCAUAAUUGGCUAAGUCGUUGUCAAGAUGCUGGUCAAGGACCAGUAGGAUUUGUGAGUGAGGAAGCUAUACCGAGGAAGCACAGUGACGUCUGUUACACUAGAGUAAAUUAUGUCUGGUGCUAGACCCAUCCAUGCCUUCCAUGGCCUGCCAACCAUGUCUGGUGCUAGACCCAUCCAUGCCUUCCAUGGCCUGCCAACCAUGUCUGGUGCUAGACCCAUCCAUGCCUUCCAUGGCCUGCCAACCAUGUCUGGUGCUAGAGGAGUAUAUAUUCAUAUAUUCAUAGAGUCCUGAAGCCAAUAGGCAGAGCUGCAGCGCUAAAGAAUAAAAUAGACCAUGCUGACGAAUGGUUAAAACCAGUGGGUGGCAGCCCUAUCACAUCUGACCGCCGAACAUCAGUCGUCAUUUUCUAUUUAUUUCCUGACGAUUCUACAUGUUUAAUCACCACCGUUUGUUGAACCCCAGCAGGUGAUCUACUGUUACUGUGCAAAGCUAACGUUCAUGUUGGUCUGUCUUGAAAUGUGAUGCCAGAACACAGAGACCGAAGAGAGUAUGGAGCUUCUCUGGACUCUCUGCACAAUGACACAAGAAGACCUCCUUAGGUGCUGGAUGUUAUUAAGACGUUAUUAUGAUGUUAUUAUAAAAUUAUUAGAAUGAACCUAUUAUUAUUAUUAUUAUUAUUAUUUGUAUUAUUAUGACCGAAAAGAGAACAGAAUGAUGCUCCCAAUGUCCAUUAGUAUUUAGUAUUACAGUUAUGUCUAGGACAUUUAAGCUCUUCAAGGCUUCUGGGAAGCUGUAUGUUAUUUGAUUCAUGUAAAAUGUAAUGCUUUAUGUUAGAUAUGCUGUGUGUGCACGCAUGUGUCUGUAUAUAUCGGUGUGUGUGAAAACAUACAUACAAGCAUACUAGCUGUAUAUACUGUAUAUUUGAAAGGCUUAAUGCUACAACUUAUAUAUUGAUUCCUGCAUUGUGUCAUUGUUAUUGUAAAUCAUACGGUACUAAUCUGUAAACUGGUUUUACUGGGCUUUAACAGUGCUGUGUGUGCCUGAAUGGCUGUAAUGUUAUUCUAUAUGACCUUAGUGUUUAAGGUUGAAAACUAUGUCUGCAUCCUAAAUGGCACCUUAUUUCCUAUAUAGUGCACCACUUUUUUACCAGAACCCCCAUAGGGCUCUGAUCUAAAGUAGUGCACUAUAUAGGGAAUAGGAUGCCAUUUGGGACAGAGCCCAUGUGACUCAGGUUUGAUCUCCAGACCUGCUGUAGAGAGCUGGCUGGACUGAGCUUCAGUUUAGUUCCAGAGACCAGAUUUUUUAAUUAAACAACGUAAAAAAAAAAGUUUA